CGGGAUAUUAAAUGAGAACACGUUGCUCUUUUUUCGACAAACCUUUGUAAGACUUUAGCCAAAAAGAUCCUUCACUGAACAGAAGAUAAAGAUCUUCAUGCUUUCGUAGAAUGACAUCUAUCGUCCUAAAAAUGCCAGCUUUUAAAGUCACCGUCUUCUUUUUGAUUUUUUCGGCGAUGUGUAACGCUCGACAAUUCGAAGCUACGGAUGAGGACAGCGCUAUAGGUGCGCUCCAUGAGCGAAAAGACGCACGAGAUGAAACAAGGAAACAGCGAAAUAGCGCGGAAGAAGGAACGUUAAACGCAGAAGUUGAUGAUAUGCAGCGUCUUUCAGAAUCCCACAGCAAUAAAAGAGAAGACGAUUUGCCCAGAGUGUGGGAACGAUCCAUCGAGAAUGAAAACCAGGUGCAAAAAAUUGACAACGAUUUACAGUCUAGUCCCGAGCAAGCCGACGAAUCGGAAGACCGAGAACAAGACGAUAGUCCAUCGGUUUUAUCAGCACGGAACAUGGCGAAACGACGAGGAAUUAAAGACGGCCCUGCAGAUCUCUGGGGUAGGGGUAUUGAAAAUGGUCCCCCGGGUCUUUGGGGGCGGGGAUUAAAUAACGGUCCUCCGGGUCUCUGGGGUAGGGGACUAAAUAAUGGUCCUCCAGGUCUAUGGGGAAGGGGAUUGGAUAACGGUCCUCCGGGUCUAUGGGGAAGGGGAUUAAAGAACGGUCCCCCAGGUCUUUGGGGACGUGAAGCUAGAGGAACUUCAGCUCUGGGCCGUAAAAACGCAAAUGGACCGCCAGGGCUGUGGGGGCGGGAAAUUAAAAAUGGACCCCCGGGACUCUGGGGUCGGGGAUUGCGAAGUGGAGCCGUAGGUCUUUGGGAACGGGAACUCAAAAAUGGCCCUCCAGGACUCUGGGGCAGGGGAUUGCGAAAUGGACCCCCGGGACUAUGGGGUCGUGAAAUCGAAAAAGUCUCAAAAUCAUCGAAAAGGGAACUAUCUGAUGUAAAAAGCACAGAGGAAGAUGGAAAUGAAGACAAAGAGGAUAUUCAAGAAAUGAAAUGACGUCAUAUAUUUCUCUUAAAUGGAAAUUUAUAACCUGGGCAAAAGUGGCAAAUGAACUUUAGAAUUUCGUUUCAAAAACAAGUCAAUGGAAGAAUUUGUUAUAGAUUAACUUAGAGUUAUGUUUAAGACUAUCUAACGAACAAAAAUUGAGUUGUCAAACAAGGCUGCCAUUAAAGAGCUACUCAUUAUUUACAAACUGUAGUAUUGAUAAGCAACGUCUUCUUUCCUGUAGAAUCACACAAGACAAGGAAUUAUCUAUAAAUUGUACAAAUUUCAAUUCGAGAACAAAUAAAUGACAUCGUACACUAUGUUAA